AUGAACUUCGACGCCCUCCAAGCAAAUAAUGGCUACCUCGACUCCCAGAACUCGCUCAUCGACCCGUCCAUGUUCAACACCAACAACAUCGACCUGAACGCCUUCCAGAACCCCCAGCUCCAGCAGCAGCGCCUGCAGAACGGCAACGUGCGCAAUGCCUCGCCCGCUGCCUUUCAGAACCCGGCCUACAACGUCAACCCCAUCGUCCCCUCCAAGCGCCCGCGCCCGUCCGAGGACGCGUCCAGCGCCUCACCGCGCCCUACUCCCGGCAACAUGAACCUGUCGCGAUCGCAGACGCCCCAGCAGAUGUCCUUCGCGCCCGGCGCCUUCCAGGGCAACCAGCAGGGCCUUCAAGCCCCCAAUCCCUACCAGCACCUCCAGCACCAGGGCUCUUCCAACGCGACGCCCUCUCCCACAAUGCAGAGCCAGCAGUUCCGCCCACCGCAACAGGCUCAUCGCAUGAACACCAUGUCCCCGAACCCAUUCCCCCAGGGUCAGAACAUGGGCAUGUCGCCCGCGCCCGAUCAAAACAGUCGCGUCAACACACCGCAAAACCCUGCCAUGGCGCAGAUGGCCGCGAUGAACAUGAACAGCAUGAAUAGUAUGAACAACAUGAACAUGAUGCAAGGUUCGCCAACCGGCCAAGGCUUCAACCAGAACUUUGGCAUGAACCCGGGCAUGUCGGCUGCUGGCUUCAACGGCACCAUGCCCGUGCAGGGCGUCGCGCUAUCCCAGAAUCUCCAGCAGCGCCAAGCAGACGCCCAGCGCAUAUACCAAAUGCGCCUCCAACAGCAGCAGCAACAAAUCGCGGCCAACAACAUGGCGCAAAGACAACAACAACAGGCGGGCGGCAUGAACAUGCUCGGAUCUUCGGGUCAACAGAUGAACUCUGCGAUGGCCAUGGCUGGCGGCAUGCGCCCGACCCAGGGAGGCAUGCCCAUGGGCAACCCGCCAAAGCAACAGGAGGCAGCGUUCCUCAAUAACGUUCAAGCCUUGAUGCAGGCGCAAGGGAUGGCAUUCAAUCCUCAACCCAUGGUCUGCAUGCGCCCUGUGAACUUAAUGCAGCUCUACGCCACCGUCAUGAAGCACCGAGGAUCCAGGAAUGUCUCGAACAGCAACGGAUGGUCACAAAUAGCGCACAUGAUGGGAUUCCCGCCACAACAGUUUCCGACCGCGGGGCAAGAAAUUCGAAUCGUUUACGAGUCAAACCUAGGAGCAUAUGAGCAAGCAUGGCUGGCGAAGCAGCGGACCAAGCAGGGUCAGCAAGGCCAGAUGCCGGGAAUGGGCGGAGCUCCGCAGGCUUCGCCGGUCAAAUCAAUGCCAGGCGCACAGGACCUUGGAGCCCAGCAGCAACAGUAUCUCCAGAGGCUUCGUAGCACCCAGAUGCAGGCUCAACAACAGCAGCAACAGCCCAUGGACCAGGCAACACCGAUGCGGAAUAACUCUAUGCCCCAGGCCAAUGGAUGGGCGACUCCACAGCCAGAUCCCAAUGCAGCAGCUCAGCAAGAACAACACAGAAAAAGCAUGAGCCGGCAAUUGGAGUCUACGCCACAACCGCAGCAGACAGGGUCAAUAAUAACGCCUUCGCCUGGACCAGGCGAAAAGCCACUUGAGUCCAUGCCUAAACGAGGAUCGACCGAGGCGCCGGCUGUGAAUGGGACCGCAGCACCAACCGAAACAAAGAUCGUCCUGAGUUCGGAUUACAAGCCAAAGGUUCGCACGCUUUUGGACACCCACGGUGGAGUCAUGGUCGAGGGACAGGCGAGUGUGGGCGAGAAGCUUGCGAAAUUGAAGCCCGACGUCCCUGGCGUGGAAGAGAUGGGCAUCAUUGACAUGCGCGCAAUCAGUCUGUCUCUCCAGUCCGGAAUCAGUCGGGAGGUUCGUUUCGCUUUGGAUGUCCUUGUUCGGUUGUCCCACGACCCCCGGCUACAUCUGGAGCUGGAGAAGUGCGAGGAUUUGAUAGACGCAAUAGUAGAUUGCGCCGAAGACCAGGUCGAUGCGCUUGCAGAAGACUCAGCCGAGGUAUCCGACAUCGUCGAUCUCACAUCAUACGAAGACGCGAUGCGAAAUUCCCGUAUGGAAUUAGAGUCGCUGCAAGAGUCUCCUGAGUAUGGAACUCAAGCCUACGAGCUUGAUCGUUCUGCCGAUCGUCUCAUCGCUAUCACCACCAUCCUCCGGAACCUCUCGUUUUUCGAGUCCAACCAUGCACUCCUCUCCAGCUCGAUCGUUAUCAAAUUCCUCUCGAACACGAUUCGUCUGCUUGGCACUCGGAUCAUGCUCCUUCGAAACAACAUCAACACCGUGGAUUUCAUGAAAGACAUAAUAACCUUCCUCUCCAACACCUCAGACAAAAUAGAGUUGCCAUCUCGAGAUGACGCAUACAAUAUCCUCUGUUUCCUUCUCGCAUUUGCACCCUCACCUGCCCCCAACAACGGAACCACCAUCCGCUUCACGCCGUAUAACCCCGCAAUCCAUCGAUAUCUUCCACCGGCAGUCGAUUGUUUGGCAAAACUUCUAGCACGAGACGACCCGAACCGUGCUUUUUACCGGCAAAUGUUCCAGGCUGAUGCCACUUCGACACCACCUUACGAUUUGCUGACUCGUUCAUUUGGUCUUGCAAUAUCAGUGGUUCCCGAACGUGGGCGUGGAGCCGAGCCGCGGAUUGCUGAAGCCCGCAAGCCGUACCUCACUCAAGGCAUGCUUGCGGCCGACAUACUCGCUGGUCUAUGCCCUGGCUCAGAUUCUGGUGUUGCACGGUCGUGGCUGGUGGCUGAAGACGGAUGGGCGAAAACAUUGGUGUGGCUGUCGGGAAUUCUGGCAGUGGAGCGGCAAACCCAACCUCCUCCACCGACCAGGGGGAUGCAAAGACCUCCGCUCGACCAGCUGGAUGUCGGCUUCGGGCUCAUCACUCAUCGAGCUCUGGCAAUGCUGCGAAAGUUGGGCGAAAAGGCGCAGAGCGAGGAGGAAGCCCGCGAGAAACGCCUCUCUGUCGACUCUUUGCCGAAGGAUGAGGUCCUACUUGGCGCUCUUUGCAUGCAAAAUAUGGACGGAAUCGCGCUCAAAAAGCUCUGCUCCUUUGCGGAGUUGAAGGGAUGA